AUAUUGUUAAAAAUUAUUUAUGACACUUGUUAAAGACAAGUAAGGCAAACUUUAUUCGAGGGGGCUACUCAGUAGGGUUUUGCAGUGGGGGCGAAGUUGGGCUCAACUCCCAAUACAAGGAAAAGUGGCAGGGUGGGGGGUCGGUGGAUGGAUGAUUAUUAACAGGAAACAUCAGGGGUAAGAGGGGAUUCUGGCUAAAUUGACCUAACAGGAUUCUUGCUGAGGGCGGCCGGGUGAUUAGACACCACCUGGAAGAUGGUGGCGGGUGAGGAUCGGAUGCGGGGGAUGGGUGGACUUUGGUUAAAUCAACUUAGCAGUAUUCUUGCUAAAAAUGGACAAUUUGGAGAUGCACACGGAAGUCCAAAAGGCAGGGCCUAGCUGAGAAGAGUUCAGAGGAGCCCCACCUGGAUGUGGUCAAGGAGAGACUGUCAGGACCCGGGACAGCGGGGCCGGCGUCUCCCAUCACCUGGGGAGUCAGGGCUCCACCGCCGAGGGCGCAGACAACGCGAUCUGCCGGCAGGUGGCGCACCCGGGCCUCCGCGUCCGCGGGCGACCGGAAGCCGGAAGUGCGGGGACGCGGCCGAGCCGGGGGGCAGGCCACGGUGCGCGCGGGGUCGGGGCCCGGCCGGCCGGGCUCCGAGCUCCCUAUAGUACCGCCCAGAAUCAGACUCCCGGACCCGCCCCGGAAGCCGAGAAGGGGGCGCGGGCCCGGAGGCAGGAACCCCUGCUGGAAGAGCGCCGGGGACGCGGGCGGCGCUGUUGCCGGUGAGGCCCCGCGUGGUUGUCGCGCUUCCCCCCUCGCCCUCCUCCUGCAGGUCGGCACCGGUCUGGUCGCGCCAGGACGGCGCGGGGUCCCCGAGCUCUGGGCUGGGCACGCGCCCGCGGGGCCGCGCCGGGGCGUCCCAGGCCCUCACCCACCCCCAGCCGGCGGAGUCUGGAGGACCCGGGUGCGUGUCCCGGCCGGCCAUUUCAAACUUUUUUGUGACUUUGUGCAUGCUGCUCGGUCUCUGUUCCUCAUCUGUAAAAUAGGCUUCAGAAUAUCUACCUCACGGUCAAAUCAAUGUAUGCACCGACCGCCGCGCUGUGUUUGUCCCGGGCGGUUAGCGGUGCUCGUUAGAUGUGGGAAUGAGUAUUAGCACCGCUUGAAUUUAGGCAGAAGGCGCCCGCAGCUGCCUUCAGGGUUAACUGCUAAGUGGAGGGUGGAGCCCAGCACCCUUUGAGUCACAGGGUCGGGGCUGAGCUUUAGGAGGAGGGGCUGAGGUGGAAUCUAGUGCGGGUGGGGAGAGGCCCUGUAAGAUGAGACACUCCCCCCAGCCCGGCGCCCCAGCUUCUGGAUUCCUGACCCUACUGCUGGCUGAAAUCUGACCGGUCAGAAGUAUCUUUGGUGUAAGGCAGUGGGUGUUGGCCGGUGAAACCUCAUUGUGAAUCAAAAUGGCCUUGGAAUUUCUUAUAACCGCUCCCAGAAGAGGGAAUGAGAAGUCUGUGGUUGGGAGAAACAGGGGAGAGAUCUUUGAGAGGUGUCAUAAGGGUGGGAUAGUCUGGGCACCCUGGGGACCGUGAGCCUCUGGGGUGGAGAGGCGCAGGGGCACCUCCCUCCCUCUUUCCUCCUGGGAGGGUGUUCAGCCCACUCCUCCCGUGUGGAAUGGCUCAGUGCAGAGGCUCCUGGAGGCGUUGGGCCUGGCUGCCGGUGGGGACCCUGGGCCCUGCGUGGAGGGCUGCUUCUCCCUGAGCCCCUCGCCUGCCCCUUCAUGCCCUGUGAACGGCACAUCUGCGUCUCCUGGGCCCUGCCCUGACCAGUAAUUUCGGCUGAUGCCUGGGAGUAUUCUCACUUAUUAGAAUUCACUGGUCUUUGUUCUUCUUUGUAGGAAUUAAAGCUGGACUCCCAUUCAGGACAAACAGACCUAUAAUACCUGGUGUGAUGAGAGAGUGGGAUUUGCUGUCCUGAAGUCAUUAAGCUUGGGCCCUGGUUCCUCUUCAUGAGAGACUAGGGAGAUGGAAGACUUAAAAUCUGAGAAUAAAAAAAGGGUGCUUCCCGCAUGGAUGACAGCCCAGGUGGCUGAAAAGAGGACGGUGCAGGUGAAGACCCCCAAGAGGAGAACAGCCACGGUGCCAGUGGCUGCAGCAAGACUUCCUGUCAUGAGGACUGUGUACUGCAUGAAUGAAGCUGAAAUUGUAGACGUUGCUCUGGGGAUCCUGAUUGAGGACCGAAAACAGGAAGAGCCGUUGGAGCAGCUGCCUCUGGCAGGCGCUGGUAAGCCGGGGCAGUCCCCGGCCAGCUCAGCGCCGCCGUCCCCGAGUCCCCGCGGGAGCAGAAGUGAGGACAGCGAGGACGAGGUCUGGGGGGAAGACGGCCCUCGCCCGGGGCCUGCGGGCUCUGACUCGGCCUGCGCCAGAGGCCUCGAGGAGGACCGGGAUGCGCUAAAAUACGUCCGAGAGAUAUUUUUCAGCUGAGGGACAGACUUCCAGGGCUUUUUGCCCAGAGUGGCUGAAGGAAGCUGGGUUUCCCUCCUGGCCAGGGCGCUGCCCUCAGACUGUCACGGCUUCUGCUCGCAGCUUUGCGGCUCUCGGGCGGCGAGGGAUCAGAAUGGGCUCCCGUUAGAAACCCUCCCUGCGCUGUGCUCUCUCCUCGCUCAGAGGGUCUGGGGUCCCCGCGGCCUGUUGUAUUCAGUUACCUGGUUCCAGGGAGAUGAGGUUGUGCUGAUCAACUUGCUGGAACCAAAGAGUCAAUAAUGUUUAGAGAAAAACAAGUAUGGCUGCUAAGUACACUGGAAUUCCUACUGUUUGGGCUCCCUAAGGAGGAAGCCUAUUUUAAAAAUAGCUUCCAUCGCGAGGCAGUCGAUCAGUCUGUGAGCCCUUGCUCGUCCAGCCCUGAACCAGACAUCCUGCCACAGUGCUGGGCUCCGUCUAGGAGCCUGAGGCUCGGCGUACAGAUUGGGAAGCCUCCUGACCAGUCAGGCCUCCUCCCCACCCCGAGCUGUCACCUUUCUUCCACGGGGUGACCUCGGCCUUGGUCCCUGGACAGUCGGAAAGCAAGAGUGGGACAGGAACCCAAAGGAGACACCAAGGACAAGACAUCACACUAGAGUCUGUGUUUCUGCUUCUGUAUUCAGUGUGGCUUUUGACAGGCAUAGGAUGAGGCAAUCACGUGCUGUACAGGUUUUCAAGAUAUAGGUGCUGAAAAAUACACAAAGUUCCCCAGUGCUGAGUUGUGCUUGUAUCCUUUCUGGGCCCGGGGUGAGAGGUGAGGGGAUGCAGCAUUCCCGUGGAUGUGGAACCGUUCAGUCCUGUUCACCUUCCUUCUGACCAGGGACCCAGUGUCUUCUGCUCCUGAACUCCCAGGUCACGUGCUGGGAGUGAUCUGCCCGCUGACCCCUGCUCUGUCGGGCUUCAGGUCUGGGAGCCUUUUCAGGGGAACCUUCAAAGCCACCAAGGCUGCUCUUUGUGUCCAUGUGUUCUGUCUUCGGUGAAUCCCUCAGAUUAUUCCUGGUCCUUUGGGAGCGUUGUCAGAGGUGAGGGGCUCAUUGCGUUCUACCCGCCUUGGAUGGAGAUGGGGAGCUUGCCAGGCAGGGCCCCCAGGGACCCUGAGGUGUUUCUUCAUAAACCCUCACUGGGUUCCAGUCUGGCAUUUGGCAACUUGUCCUGGAAAUCUGGCCCCAUGACAGGAAGCCUUAUCUCCCCAUUGUUC